AUGAGUACACAACACAGACUACCUUCUCUAGAUAUCCUAUUGCAGGCUUCUGAAUUCCAAAGAACGCUCGAAAAUGACAUUCCAAAGGCCAACAUUCUAUUGUCCAUGAGGAAAGAGAACUUCAGUAGCCAAGCAAAGGUGGUGUUGCCUCCAAUUAACGUUAGCGCCAUGAACGAUGUUUCAGAUACCAACCACAAUGUCUCGUCGCUUCCUCCGACGCCAGCCGCUACACCGAGUCCAAACGGAAAGACAUGUGGACUAGAUAGCAGUGAUAAUAACUCUGAAAUAAGUUCACCUACCCCAUUGAGAUCCGGUAGUGUUUCCUGUUCUCCAAAGAGAGAGUUCGCUUUCAUUACCCAUUCAAAAAAAUCAUAUCCAAGCAAGAAACCAAGAGUCGAUAACGAACAACUCGCCCGUAGAAAGAGAAGAAAGACUUCUCAGCAUGAGUUAGACAUUUUAAAUGAACAAUUCAAGUUAUCUCAAACCAUUGGAAGAACAACAAGAAUGGAAUUGGCAAAUAAAUGUAGCAUGUCCGAAAAGGCUGUUCAAAUUUGGUUCCAAAAUAAAAGACAAGCGAUUAAAAAACAACAGAAUAAACUCCAAGACAAUCACUUAAAGAUUAGAAGCAUAGUCACACUUAAGGACAACCAUCCAAUUCACACAGUUUCUUCCAGCAAUGGACCAAAAAAAGAGACUAGACAUGAAAUUGUAAUGACAUCACCAAAGAGCAAAGUUUCGUUACCAUCACCUCGUUCCUCCCCAGUAACGGCCUCAUCGAAGGGACCACAAGCAUUAACAUUCCAUAUCUCUAGUAACGACAAAACAUUGAAAGCAGUCAACAAAUCAAGCAAUAACAGAGUUAAUAAAUUAAUAAACAAAUAUAACAGCAGCUUGGACAAAGUAUCGAAUUCUGAUAACUCCUUAAGCAUCAAAAAAUUUAAACUUGCAUUUAAGUCAUCUGGUAGUUUGCCAUUAAAAGAAAUAAACCAAAACAUGCUGUAA